CUGCCAUCUGAGAUGUUUGAAGCUGAAGAAGCAGUGCUGCUAAGCAAAUUGGAAUACGAAGAGCACAAAAAGGAAUAUGAAAACGUUGAAAGUACUUCACCUCAGUCAGAGUCUGUGAAUAUGAAAAAGAACCAGCAAGAAAAAGACAAACCUCUCACUGUGUCUCUGAAAGACUUUCAGUCAGACAGUAAUAUAGAUAACCUUGCUAAAAAACAUGAGGAACUGAACUCUUCCCAGUCUUCGUUGCAUGAUGGAGGAUUUUUCAGCAGGCUGGAAGAUGAUGUUCACAGAAUACUUGAAAGGGAGAAAAGGAAUGUCCAGUGCACUGAUUACAGUGAAAGAGAUAACUGCACAGCUCAUGAACGCAACCAGGGGAGUGUUUUGAAAGAUGGGCAUACAGAACAACUGAAGCUUGAGCUUGAAAAGAAAGAUGCAGAAAUUAAGCAACUGAAAAAUACAAUAACUCAGUGGAAGGAAGAGAAUAAAGAAGUAAAAACAAGAAAUACACAGCUUCUGAGGAUGAUGCAAGAAGGUGAAAUGAAAGACAAAGCAGAAAUACUCCUAGAGAUCGAUGAAUAUCGAAUUAUCAAAAAUGAAUUGACUGGGCAG